GUUUGCAAAAAUCACGCGAUUUUGGGAAAACCAACUAGUCAAAUCUUUGAUUCCUACCCGCGCUUUCGCCUCCCUCCUCCCACGUGUCGCAUCGCCGCGCUCACGUCUAGGGCAACAGUCAAAGCCGUGGUGCCGGAGCCCCAAUUUUGACCGGCUGCCUGCCAGUCAAUGGUGAAAAGGUAAAAGGCGGGGGCGAGAUAUAUAUACUCCAUCCCUAACUCUUUUCCCUCAGUGCUAACAGCACUUGGGCUUCUUUUCAUUCGAUCCAUCUCAAUUCAAUCAAUCGGAUUGUUUGCUCCCAAGAGUUGUAUGGCCAGUGCCGCCACGCCAGUCAGUUGCAAGCUCCUGAUCGAAAAGAGAAGCCCCAAUCUCGCCAAUCAGAGGGAUCAUCUCCUCAAUCUCCAGCAGCAGAGCAAGAAGAAGCGAUUCAAGCCGGCUAUGGCAGGCUACAAUCUGGGUGAAUUCUACGCCACCCGCGACGCCUGGAAUUCCCGCCACGCGCAAUGGCAGAGCCACUGCGCCAUUGUUUCCAGCCAGUCCGCCGCCCAGCCCGAGGAGCAGCACGAACACUCCAAGAACACCGGUAGCGGUAUCAAUGGCGAUCUAAAAGAGGGAUCCAUCCAGAUCCUAGCAGCAUCAAACGGCGCCGCCGCCAAGUCCAUGAUGAUGAUCCUGCCCAAGCCGCUGUCCAUUGCGGAUCUCGCCAUGCCGCCGUCGCACGGAUCCACGCUGCGCGUCGCGUACCAGGGCGUCCCGGGGGCGUACAGCGAGGCGGCGGCAUCCAAGGCCUACCCGGAAUGCGAGCCCAUCCCCUGCGAGCAAUUCGAGGCCACAUUCCAGGCCGUGGAGCUCUGGAUCGCGGACCGCGCGGUACUGCCCAUCGAGAACUCCCUCGGCGGUAGCAUCCACCGGAACUACGAUCUCCUCCUGCGUCACCGGCUCCACAUCGUGGGCGAGGUCCAGCUACCAGUCCACCACUGCCUCAUGGCCCUCCCCGGCGCCUCGAUCGAGGGGAUCCGGCGAGUGAUCAGCCACCCGCAAGCGCUAGCACAGGUGGAGCACACGCUGACCAACCUCGGGCUCCAGGCCGCGCGGGAAGCCGUGGACGAUACCGCCGGUGCCGCGCAGCACAUCGUGGCGAACAACCUCCGCGACACCGCGGCGGUGGCCAGCGCCCGCGCCGCGGAGAUUUACGGCAUGGACGUGCUGGCCAGCGGCAUCCAGGACGAUCCGGGCAACAUGACGCGCUUCCUCAUGCUGGCGCGCGAGCCCAUCAUCCCGCGCACCGAUCGGCGAUUCAAGACGAGCAUCGUCUUCGCGCUGGAGGAGGCGCCCGGGGCGCUGUUCAAGGCGCUCUCGGCCUUCGCGCUCCGGAACAUCAAUCUCACCAAGAUCGAGAGCCGGCCGCAAAAGAAUCGGCCGGUGCGCGUCGUGGAUGAUAGCAACCACGGCACUGCGAAGUACUUCGAGUACCUCUUCUACAUCGAUUUCGAGGCGUCCAUGGCGGAUCCGCGGGCACAGAACGCGCUGGGGCAGCUCCAGGAGUUCGCGAGCUUCAUCAGGGUUCUUGGGAGCUACCCGAUGGACAUGACGCCGGUGGUACCGCCCGGCAAGCCCAAGGUGAUCAGCACCACGUAGCCGGUACCGCACGGUGUGCACUCUAUGCCGCGCGGUAUACCACGUGAAUCGCGCGGGCUACCACGUGCAACAUGUGAUUGAUUUUUCUUGCAAACACAAGAUUUGCCUUUGUAUUAACACGAAUCUCGAAUGAAUGAAAUAAAUCUUCCCAGAGGAUGGGAAGGACACACAAGUUGAUGGAA